AUGUCCGAUCCAAGUGCUGAGGUGCGGCGCACUGUGCUCGCUUCAUCGAAGAGGCAUGGCAAAAAAGACAAUGAGAUGAUCCCUAAGGUGGUGGCCAACCUGGGCAUCCUGCUGCAGGACAGCUUCUCCAUGGCAGUGGUCAAGCGGACCAUGCAGGCCAUCUCCAACAUAUACAGGGUGACCCUACAGUGGCUCAGCUCGGCCCGGACCGUGACCGAGGUGAUGGACUCGGCCUGGAGCAUGCUCGGUCAGAUGAAGCGGCGGAUUAUCGGCUACGUCGACCACGACAACGACGGUGUGCGCACAAUGGCCGUCAAGUUCAUGGAGACGGUGAUCCUGCUGCAAACGUUCUCUGAGCCAGGGAGUCUGAAGCGACCCGAGUUCUGUCUGGACGGCGUGCCUAUAACUCUCAAGAUCGCGCGGCCGCGCAAGCUGGAAGAGGAGGCCCGGUCCGUGUUCGCGCAGCUGAUCAAGUUCCACGGCUCGCCGCACAUCAGCAGCGUCAACCUGAUGGCGUGCAUGGGCUCGCUGACGCUGAUCGCGCGCUGCCGGCCGUCGCUGCUGACUCAGGUCAUCUCGGCGCUGGAGUCGCUGCACGCGAACCUGCCUCCGACGCUCUCCAAGUCCCAGGUGAACUCAGUGAGAAAGCACAUGAAGAUGCAGCUGCUGAACCUGCUGAAGCACCCGGCGUCGUACGACAGUCACCGCAACAUCUGCACCCUGCUCACCGAUCUGGGGGCCUCCCAGAGCGAGGUGAUGCGUGCCAUGCCUCCGCCGGAGGAGCUGCGCAAGCGGCAGCGGCGGCCCGAGGAGCCGCCCGGCGACGCCGACGACGACACACCCGUCACCAAACGGCAGAAGUUCGUCGAGGACGACGACGAUGAGGACGAGGAGGAGGAGGAGGCGGGCGGCGCGCCGCCGCGGCCGGCGCCGCUCGACAAGAAGCAGCACAAGGCGAACGCCAUCGACAUCACCGAGGCGUGGGCGUUCGAGCGGCUGACUCCGGCGCUGGCCGCCAACCUCGUGCUCGUGUCCAUGCACAACCUGCCGGACACCCCGCCGGCGCUCUUCAGCAACACGUUCACGCCAAUCUCGGCCGCCGGCACGAGCUCCCAGAUCCAGCACGUGGCGCGCCUGCUGGCCGCCCAGCUGACGCACGCCGGCAUCGGGCCCGGCGUCGAGGCCACGCGCAAUCAGGGCAUCCAGAUGACGGACCACGACUGGGAGAUGGCGGAGGAGGAGGAGACGCCAUCGGGCGCGCGGCAGCCUAUCGCCACCGUGCUGGCCGGCACCGUGUCGGGCCGCGAGACCAAGAAAAAGGUGGCGCUGCUCCCCUCCGGACAGAUGAACAAGAAGCACAUGGCGAAGCCGCUCCGUCUUCCGGAGAUCACGCGGCCGCUACCGGCUGACGAGCUGGAGCGGAUGAUGACGGCUGCGCUGGACCGGCUGCUGGCGGCCGAGCGGACGGCGCGCGCUGGCGGGCUGGCCGCCGCCCGCUCCAAGCUGCUCGCCAUGAUGUCGUCCCACUUCACCGGCCACCUGCUGGAGAAGAUGCUGGGCCACGUGCUGGAGGAUAUCGGCGGUCGGUCAGACCUGGUGUUCAGCUGGCUGUACGAGGAGUACGCCAACGUCUCGGGCUUCAGCAACCUGGGCCAGGUGGUGCACAGCACGGCCAGCUACGAGCAGGUGUUCUGCAUGCUCAUCUCGGCUCUGAUGGUGCGGCCCGACUUCAAGGACGGCGAGACCCUGCUGACGCGGCUGUUCCUGGAGGCGCCGCUCGUGCCGGCCUCGGCCGUGGACAUCCUAAAGGGUUUCAGCGCCGAGUCGGCCACCCACCGGCAGGGCAUCCAGCUGCUCAGUCAGCUGAUCUCGCGCCGGCCCAGCAAACAGCUGACCUACAUCAGCGCGCUGCUCCAGCUGGCCAGCCACAACGCCUCCGAGGUGCGGGAGCGGGCGCUGGCCACGGUGCUAGAACUGCACGGGAUGAACGGCGCGCUGGCCGGCCUGGUGGAGGAGCACGCAGUCGACCGGCUCAAAUACCUGGCGCUGGAGACGCCGCCGGCCCUGCUGCUGGGCGACGACCAGAGCGCCGCGCCGGCCGGUGUCACGCUGGAGUGGACUGACGAGCUGGCCAAGCUGUGUCUGCACCUGUACCUGGCGCUGCUGCCGCGCCGCGAGAGCCUCAUACACGAGCUGGCGCACGUGUAUGUGCAGACGACGGCGGAUGUCAAGCGCACCAUCCUGCGGGUGCUGGAGGCGCCCAUCCGCGGCAUGGGCAUGGAGUCGCCGGAACUGCUGACGCUGGUGGAGACGUGCCCCAAGGGUGCCGAGACGCUCAUCACGCGCGUCAUCCACAUACUCACCGACAAAACGCCGCCGUCGGCCGAGCUGGUGGACCGGGUGCGUGACCUGUACCAGAAGCGGGUCUCGGACGUGCGCUUCCUCAUUCCGGUGCUGAACGGACUGCGCAAGCGGGAAGUGAUCGCCGCGCUGCCCAAGCUGAUCCGGCUCAACCCGGUGGUGGUGAAGGAGGUGUUUAACCGGCUGCUGGGCAUCCACUCGGACACGGCCAACUUCAGCUCGCCACUCACGCCCGUCGAGCUGCUGGUGGCGCUGCACAACAUCGACCCGACCAAGUGCGACAUGAAGACCAUCAUCAAAGCCACCUCGCUGUGCUUCGCCGAGAAGCAGGUGUACACGCAGGAGGUGCUGGCCGUGGUGCUGCAGCAGCUGAUGGAGCAGUCGCCGCUGCCGGUGCUGCUGAUGCGCACUGUCAUCCAGUCACUGGCGCUCUAUAACCGACUCAUCGGCCUCGUCAUGAACAUCCUGCAGCGGCUAACCAGCAAACAGGUGUGGACCCAGAAGAAGGUAUGGGAGGGCUUCAUCAAGUGUUGCCAGCGCACCAAGCCCAGCAGCUACCAGGUGCUGCUGCAGUUGCCGCCGGAGCCGCUGCGCGACGUGUUCGCCACGGCGCCCGAGCUGCGCAGCAACCUGCUCGACUACGUGGCCAGCUUCAGCGAGGCGCAGCGCGGCCACAUUCCGACGGACGUGAUGCGCGUGCUGAACGGAGACCGGCCGCGCGAGCUGGCCGACGAGCCGAUGUCACCGCCGGAGGUGGACUCGAUCGACCCGCCAGCACCAGCAGCCUGGGAUUCACAGUUCAGCUGA